AUGACUGUCGAUGCCCCUGACGCUGCGGCGCCUCCACCAUACACCAAAGGUGACAACGCCGAGGCCGAAACUGCUGCGACUGCGGCUGCGACGAAGCAGACUGCGGACCCCGCCGAAUUGAACCUUCCAACCUCCGCCGCCGACGGUCUCAUUCAGAAGCCGUUCCUCAAACCACUGGACAACGCCAAACCGGAAGCACCAGCGCAAUUGACCCCCGAUCAGCAAUCCAAAUAUGACGCUGUGCUCAAGACAGUCAAGUCAUGGACUACGGUCCCGACAACCUCCGAGAAGAAUUCCGCAACCGCCCCGAUCACUGACGACGAACGCAUGUGGUUGACCCGCGAAUGUCUCCUUCGAUAUCUGCGCGCAACCAAGUGGAGCGUGGCCGAGGCCGAGGCCCGCCUCCAGCGCACACUGACGUGGCGCCGAGAAUACGGGAUCCAGAAAUUGACACCGGACUAUAUCUCGGUCGAAAACGAGACGGGCAAGCAAGUUAUUCUGGGCUUUGACAUUCACGGCCGGCCCUGUCUGUACCUCUUGCCGAGUAAGCAGAACACGGAGAAGAGUGAUCGCCAGGUGGAGCAUCUCGUGUUCAUGCUGGAGCGGGUCAUUGAUCUCAUGGGCCCUGACCAGGAGACCCUCGCGCUGCUGGUGAAUUUCAGUGAGACCAGCUCGGGCCAAAAUGCCUCGGUGGGCCAAGGGAAACAGACCCUCCAUAUUCUGCAAAAUCAUUACCCAGAGAGACUCGGUCGUGCGCUAGUCAUCAAUGUGCCGUGGCUUAUCUGGGGGUUCUUCAAGCUGAUCACCCCGUUCAUCGACCCGUUAACCCGAACAAAGCUCAAGUUUAAUGAGGACCUCACUCAGCACGUCCCGCCGAGCCAGCUCAUGAAGAACGUGGGCGGUGAUGUCGAAUUUCGGUACGAUCAUGCUACCUACUGGCCUGCUCUGAAUGCACUGGCCGAGCAGCGCCGUAACGCCUACCGUGAGCGUUGGAUUCAGGGCGGCAAACAGAUCGGCGAGAUCGAGAACUACCUCAAGGGUGCGGACACGCCCAGUGUGUCGCAAAUUCUGGGUGAGACAAGUGAAAAGGCUUAA